CACCGAUACCAUAAAAGUAAUAAAUUUAUUAAAUUAUUAUUUAUAAAAUAAUGGAAACCAGGCUAACUGAUUUAAAUUCUAAUAACAAUGAUCGUACACUACUACCAGGUAAUGAAUUACAAUCACAGUCAUCAUCAUCAUCAUCACCAAAUGAAAUUUCAAAAGACACAUGGGGUAUACUAUCACCAUGUUGGCAAAGGCAACUUGAUGAAUGUUGUCUCAUUAAAAAUGAAUAUACAGCUGGACGAUUUCAACAUUUGGAUAUAGAAUUUAAUGAAAAAAACACAGAUUCAAAAAGAUUACUUCAAACAAGUAAAACACAAUUUAUAAUUAAACGUGAAAGAGUAACAAAUUAUAAAACAGCUGAUUAUGAAGGUGAUUUUGUUGUUUUUAUUUAUGACAAAAGUAUGAAUGGUACAUAUAUUAAUAAAAAAAAACUAAAAAAUAAUAAAGGCAUACUACUUCAUAAUGAUACAAUAAGUAUUGCUAGCCCGAAUUAUAAAGUCUUCGAGUACCUGCAAUCAACAAAUCCAGUCGAUAUUCCAUCAGAGUUGGCCAAAAAUUACGUGGCUUUGAGAAUUUUAGGAUAUGGUGUUUGUGGACCAGUUACAUUAAUUUAUUCAAAAACUGAUUAUUGUCCAUUGGCAUUUAAAUAUAUAAGAAAAAAUGGCUUAGAUGAGACAGCUUAUCAAGAAAUUUUUAUGAAUGAAGUUAAUAUGUUAAAAGGAUUAAAACAUCCAAAUGUUAAUCAAAUGGUACAUGCAAUAAAUACACCAUCUUAUAUUUUUGUCAUGCUUGAAUACAUGCAAGGUGGUAAAUUGCUUGAUAGAAUUAUAAAACAUGAUGGUUUAUCAGAAAAUUUAACAAAAUUUUAUUUCUAUCAAAUUGUAACUGCUGUUGAGUAUCUUCAUGACAAAGGAAUAAUACAUCGUGAUCUUAAACCAGAAAAUAUAUUAUUAUUAGAUAACGAUGAAUAUACACUUGUUAAAUUAACUGAUCUUGCUUUCUCAAAACUGAUUGAUUGUGAAGCAACGAUUAAGAAAUUUGAUGGUAUGUCAUAUUAUGAUGCACCAGAAAUAUUUAGGAGCGAAAGAAAACAACAGUAUACAAGUCAAGUAGAUGUAUGGAGUUUGGGUGUUAUAUUGUAUCGUAUGUUAAGUAACCGUCUACCAUUUACAAAAAGAGGAAAUAAAAAUCUUUCAGAUAUUAUUAGGGAAGGUACUUAUGAUUAUAUACCAGAUACAUUUAAAAAUGUAUCUGUAGAAGCCAAAAAUUCGAUUGAUAAAAUGCUAACGGUCAAUCCAAACGAUCGUUACACAGCUCCAAGAGUUCUUGCAAAGGAAUUGGUAGCAAAUGAAACGUCAACGUUUACAAUAAGUAAUACAUUUGAUAAUAUAAAACAAUAA